CGUUUGUCAAUCCCUCACAUAGGGCUCUCCCUUCUCUAAAAUCAUAUCUACCGGGAACUAGUACAAAACGCAGGUAAAAAAGAAGCGGCGGCCUGCCGCCGGAGAAGCAGAGAAAUGGCCAUGCAAAUGAGGAUGAGCUGUCACAACCAUCUUCUUCAUCAUAAUCCUGCUUCUUCUCCAACUCCGGCAUUCUCUACGUCUCUACGCCCUUCUUCUUCAACUUUAUUCCGAUUUCAGAAGAACUUGACCGGCGGAAGCGUAACCAGAACGACGAAAGGAAGAGGUGCUUAUCAUGGGAUUGUGGCCUCAAGCAACGUGGGUGCGCCGCUUUGGGAGACUUGGAAACCUGACAAGGGUUCUGCUGCUCCUUCCCUCAGCGACGUUCUAUGGCCUUCUGCAGGGGCAUUUGCAGCAAUGGCGAUAUUGGGGAGAAUAGAUGAGAUGCUAACACCCAAAGGAGUCUCAAUGACAAUUGCACCUUUGGGAGCUGUAUGUGCUGUCCUCUUUGCCACUCCCACAUCUCCAGGUGCUCGGAAGUACAACAUGUUCAUGGCACAAAUUGGUUGUGCAGCCAUUGGCGUUCUGUCAUUUACUGUGUUAGGGCCGGGGUGGCUUGCCCGGAGCUUUGCCCUCGCCGCCUCCAUUGCUUUCAUGAUCUUCACACGUUCGACGCAUCCGCCAGCUGCAAGCUUGCCAAUACUAUUCAUUGACGGAGGAAAGUUGCAUCACCUGAAUUACUGGUAUGCUUUCUUCCCUGGCGCCGCCGGAUGCAUCCUUCUUUGCUUGAUCCAAGUGAUGGUGGUAUACAUGAAGGACAAAUUCAAAUUCUGAUCUGAAAAGGAAACCAUGAAUGCUUUAUUCUGUAAAGAUUGUAUCUACAAGUUUCAUCUCAUACGCCUCGAUCGAUCGACUGUGGUCCUUUGUGGAUUGAUGGUUCCAGCCUUCCAGGUUCUAAAGUUGAUGUCGUCAUAUAAAUAUCUGAUUGCCAUUUGCCAAGGACCAUGGAAUUUUGUAAGAAAUUCCCAUUAUGAAUACAAACCUCACUGUUUCAUCAAAA